AAUAAUGAAUAUGUCGUACGUCUAUGAUGCAAGCAUUCCGUGGUUAUCCUUGUACGAAAGUAACCUACCGGCGUAGAAACAUUAGUUUAUAAUUUUUAUCUUUUAAUGUAAAUAUAGUGUAACAAUUAAAUUAGAUCAUCAUGACUUUGUUAGCUAAAUCAGUAGCCAAAAUGCUAACAAAUAUCAUCAAUUCCUCUUGUAAAUUGUCCAAACGACCAUUUACAGUAUGUAUAGAGGGAAACAUAGGAAGUGGUAAAACAACAUUUCUAAGACAUUUUAAAAAGUUUAAGAACACAACAAUUUUAGAGGAACCAGUAGAUCUUUGGAGAGAUGCAGGUGGAACAAAUCUACUGGAAUUAAUGUACAGUGAUCCUUCGCGUUAUGCUUUUUUAUUUCAAUCCUAUGUCCAAUUAACUAUGCUUCAACUGCAUACAUAUAAAACUCCGUUACCUUAUAAAGUUAUGGAAAGAUCUGUAUAUAGUGCAAGAUGUUUUAUAGAAAACAUGAAGCGCACAAAAAUAUUGCGCGAUGUAGAAGUAAUGGUUUUGGAAGAUUGGUAUGACUGGUGCAUUAAAUGUGCUAAUAUAGAAACAAAUUUAAUAGUGUAUUUAAGAACAUCCCCAGAAGUUGUAUAUCAGAGGAUGAAAGCAAGAGCAAGGAAGGAAGAAAAUUGUGUAUCAUUAGAGUAUUUGAAGCAGAUUCACGAUAUUCACGAUGAAUGGCUGUAUCAUCGAACGUUAUUCACCGUACCCGCACCGGUUUUGGUAUUGGAUGGAAACAAAAAUCUUGACGAAAUGUUAGCAGAAUUUGAAAAUUGUAAGAAACAGAUUUUUGAUACGAAAAUGGACGAGAAAACUACACCGUCACCAGUAUGCCCUUGACCCGAAG